CGUGUCGGCGUAGCCCCCCUCCCGUCAAAAGAAAAAAACAAACCCUCCAAACCCCAGCGAGUCCGCCGCAGAAGUCGACGCAGCCGCAACCGCAACCGCCGCCGCCGCAUCCGAUCCCAUGGCCUCCCCGUCCGCGCCGGCGCCGUCGCGGCCGCAGCGCUCGCCGGACGAGGUCGAGGACAUCAUCCUCCGCAAGAUCCUGCUCGUCUCCCUCGCGGCCCCGUCCGCCCCCAACCCCGCCGUGCCCUACCUCGAGCUCACCGCCGCCGAGCUCCUCUCCGAGUCGCGCCCGCUCCUCGCCCUCCGCGACGCCGCCGAGCGCCUCCUCAUCGACCGCCUCUCCCUCCCGGACGCCUCGCCGCCGCCCUUCGCGUUCCUCGCCGCCGCCUUCGGCCGCGCCGCGGACGAGGCCCGCAAGAUCUCCACGAUCCGCGACCCCGCGCUCCAGGCGCGGCUCAGGGCGUCCAUCGCCCACGUCCGCGGCCUCAUCCUCUCCUACGCGCGCAUCGUUGCGGGGAACCCGGAUACCUUCCCGACGCCCCCCAACGCGCCCCACCCCGCCGCCGAGCUGCUCGUCUUCCUGCUCGCGGAGGCCGCCGACCCGCUCGACUCCGCCCCGUCCCCCGGCGCCCCGCCGCCGGGGGCCUUCCUGGACGAGCUCUUCGGGAACGCGGACUAUGACGCCGUCGAGCCGGUGAUGGGCGAGCUGUACGAGCGCCUGAGGCAGAGCGUCGACAAGGUAUCCGCGCUGGGCGACUUCCAGCGGCCUCUCCGUGUGCUGAAGCGGCUGGUGGGGAUCCCCAACUGCGCCAAGGCUCUGGUACAGCACCCCAAGUGGAUUCCUAAGAAUCAAAUCAUGCUGAUUGGGGAAGGAAGAACCAUGGAGAUCUGCAGCUUGCUGGGGGCCUUCUUCCAUGUCAGUGCUAUUCCCGACCGUGAGUUUGCAAGCCAGCCUGAUGUUGGGCAACAGUGCUUCUCUGAUGCAUCUACACGGCGGCCGGCUGAUUUACUGUCAUCAUUCGCAGCAAUACAAAAUGUUAUGAAUAGCUUGCAGGAUGGGCUGAGGGAUGUUCUUCUAGUGCUGCUUAAGAAUUCAGAUACUCGAGAAAAGGUCCUUGAAUAUCUGGCAGCGGUGAUAAACACAAAUGCAGGAAGAUCUGGCAUGCGUGUGGACCCUUUGAAAUGCGCAAGUUCGGGUAUGUUUGUCAAUCUCAGUGCUGUCAUGCUCCGUCUGUGCGAGCCUUUUUUGGAUAAAAUGGAGUCGAUGAAGGGCAAGAUUGAUGUCAAGUACCUCUUCUGCAACAAAAGAGUAGAUUUCAAGAGCUUGACUGCUGUAAAUGCCUCUUCAGAAGAAGUCUCAUCAUGGAUAGAGAGCUGGAGCCAAGAUAAUGCCAGUGGAAAGGCAAAUAAAGAGAAUUUCUCAUUUAUUUGCGAAUGUUUUUUCAUGACGGCAAGGGUACUUAAUUUGGGAGUGAUGAAAGCUGUGGCAGAUCUUAAACAUAUCUCUCAGGAACUUGCAAGGUGUGAAGAUGAUUUGGAGGCAAACAAAGCAAUCAGAGAUCAAGGAGGAAGUUCACCACAGCUUGAGCAAGAUAUAACACGCUUGGAGAAGAUAGUUGCAGCCUUAUCCCAGGAACAGUUCUGCUAUGAAUCUCAGAUACUAAGGGAUAGUGCUUUUCUUCAGCGUGCACUAUCUUUCUACAGAUUAAUGAUAUUGUGGUCAGUAGACCUAGUUGGGGGAUUUAAGAUGCCUUUGCCAUCAGAAUGCCCCAUGGAAUUUUCUUGCAUACCGGAGCAUUUUCUUGAUGAUGCAAUGGAUUUACUUGCUCUAACUUCUAGAAUUCCAAAAGCUCUGGAGGGCUUCCCAUUGGAUAAUUUUCUCAAUUUCAACAUUAUGUUCAUGGCGAGCUCUUCUUACAUUAAAAAUCCUUACCUGAAAGCAAAGAUGGUUGAAGUUUUGAAAAGCUGGAUGCCACAAAGAAGCGGCUUGAAAUCCACAGCCUCGUUAUUUGAGGGGCACCAACUAUGUCUCGAUUAUCUUGUCAAGAAUCUUCUGAAGCUUUAUGUGGAUAUUGAAUUCACUGGCUCCCAUACACAGUUCUUCGACAAAUUUAAUAUUCGACACAACAUUGCUGAGCUUCUUGAGUAUUUAUGGGAUGUUCCCAGUCAUCGAAAUGCUUGGAGACAAAUGGCUAAAGAAGAGGAAAAGGGUGUCUACUUGAAUUUUCUGAACUUUCUUAUCAAUGAUAGCAUCUAUCUUCUUGAUGAGAGUUUGAAAAGGAUUCUCGAGCUAAAGGAAAUAGAGGCUGAAAUGGCUAAUACUGUUGCAUGGGAUAGCAGACCUGCUCAAGAAAGAGAGGAGCGGUUGCGCGCGUUUCAUCAGUCAGAGAAUAUUGCUCGAUUUGAUAUGAAGCUCGCAAAUGAGGAUGUUGGGAUGCUUGCUUUCACGUCAGAACAAAUUCCAGCACCUUUGCUUCUUCCAGAAAUGGUGGAAAGGGUGGCGAGCAUGUUAAAUUACUUCCUCUUGCAGCUUGCUGGUCCCCAGAGGAAAUCGUUGACUGUAAAAGAUCCAGAGAAGUAUGAGUUCAAACCGAAGCAGCUAUUGAAACAGAUUGCUACCAUCUAUGUCCACAUUGCAAGGGGUGAUAAGGAAGCUGUCUUCCCAGCUGCAAUCUCAAAAGACGGAAGGUCAUACAGUGAGCAGUUGUUUGCUAGUGCAACUAAUAUUUUGUGGAAGAUUGGGGUAGAUCCCCAAAUCAUACAGGAGUUUAUGCAACUUGCAGGUAAAGCAAAAGCUGCUGCCGCUGAGGCCAUGGAUGCCGAGGCUAUCCUUGGGGACAUACCAGACGAAUUUCUUGAUCCGAUCCAGUAUACUCUGAUGAAUGAUCCUGUGAUACUACCAUCGUCGCGGGUCACAGUAGAUCGACCAGUUAUUGUUCGGCAUUUGCUCAGUGACAGCACUGAUCCGUUCAACCGCUCCCAGCUGACUCAAGACAUGUUGAUACCAGAUACAGAUCUCAAGUUGCGCAUUGAAGAAUUUGUCAGGUCCCAGCAGUCGCGGAAGCGGAGGGCUGUCGACACUGAGACCGGGGAGCCUGAUGGUGCUGCUGAUAUGGUGGAGUGAACUGCUAAAAGCUGGGAUGGACAGUAGUUUCAGGCCGGAUCAAUUCUCGGUAAAUGGUGUAGAGUGCACCCUGCAAAUCUAAGCUUGUACACUUUGUCAUGCAUUGCCUUAUCAUGGACCGUUAGGUUAUGUCAAGUUCACUUGUAUAAACAUUUUAUCAUUUUGUUCAGCGGUUAAUUAUUAUUGGUGUGUGCGUUAAAAAAUGGUAUUUUUCCUAAAAAACAGUCGACUGUUCUCAAUCAGGGCUUGAUUUUCUGAUCGCGCGAUUUGUCUCCAGAUUUGUAUAGCCAGCCUUGUUUGUAUUGUCGGGCCCGCUUGCCUUAUUGGUUUUUGUUUUCAGCCUGUUAUUCUUUGGGCGCCCGUUGUCUUUUUCUCUACCUGCAUCCAGGAAGGAGGCCCAUGGAGGCAUCUCUUAUGCAGAACAGAGACAGGGGGAUGAUGGAGUGGAGCGGCAUUGUCAUUGGAGGUUCAGUUGAGGAAGAAGCAGCUAGAGCUAGCCAGAGUUCGAUCAUUUAGAAAAAUUACUGGAUGUUUGUCUCCCAGGAGCCCAUAGCUGGAAAAGCGGUGGAUGUAUUUUACUGAAAUGGAACUAAAAGAUCUUAAUUAAGGCGAGUCAAUACUACUAUUUUUCUGCUAAUUAUUUGUGCUAGCAACCAUGAAUAUUUGUGAAUGUUCUUGAUGCCAGCUUAAUCCAGUUUUCUUCUUCUACCAUUUAACUUAUCUUCUGAUAUGUUUUCUUCCUCACUUACUUGAACACAAACUAGAUUUUAGGAUCUUUGAGGUAGGCCGUUCGUGUGGACCAGCUCUAGUCAAUCAAUUCAAAUAAAAUGAUGUAGGCUGUCUUACAGAAAAUUUUCUUCAUCUGAAAGAAAGACAAAAAAUAUUCAAGUCCAUGCUAGUAUUUUUUGUCAAGAUUGUAUAAGCUUUCUUUUGGAUAUUAGUCAUGUACUCCCUCCGUUCGGAAUUACUUGUCAUAAAAAUAGAUGUAUCUACAACUAAAAUACAUCUAGAUACAUUCAUUUCUUGGACAAGUAAUUCCGAACGGAGGGAGUACUUCAGUUUAGGAAAAAAUAUGUCCAUUCCUGCAGCCACUAGUCUCACCAUGCCUUUUUUUUACCCAAUAAGUUGAAAGCUUCAUUUCUAUCACUUAUUUUCCUUGUAUGUAACAGUUCAUGGUUCUCGUCGUCCAUUAGAAACAGAGCUGAUCUCUGCUAAAAUUAACAAAUUGUGCAUGUUUGAAUAAAAUACUAUUCAGUCUUUUAGGUCGCACCAAUUCGUUUCUUUCGUAGCAACAAGGUGCUAGCUAAUGUUCUAACAUUUUAAACAUUCAUGUCAAAUAUUUUCAUCUGAUACUUCUAGCUUACUGGUAUUAGUAGCAGACCUUUAAUAUAGAAAACAAAUGCCCUGACCAUGAACACUGUGCCAUUACUGAUAGGAUUUAAAAAUGAAUCACUUUCUUUAAUUGUAUACAUAGAUGUGGCAAUGACCUGUUCAAGAGUGUGUUCUUCUCAAUCUUGCUAUAGGCUAAAGACUAAUCUUCCAAUCUUGCACGUCUGCUCUAAAGUUACGCUGUUUAAAUUUGUGCAAGCAGAACUGAUAUAGUGAUAUUAGCAUGUUCCUAGUGUGGAAACUUAUCUUGACAUAGGACCAAAAUGAAAGAUCCGUCUCCGAUCUCGACAAGUUAUCUGAGCAUAACUGCACUAGUAUUCACUGCUUAAUUAUACUUGGGGCCGCCUGAAAGCAACCUUUUGUCAACUGCUUAUAAUUUAUUCAGUUACUUAACCUGAUCGCAACGAUUAACCAGUAUGAGAACCUGCACUUGUUUUUGUUUUCGGGAACUAAUGAUCUGAUGGGUGUCACAUAGCUUUCAUGAAAGAGCUGGAGUACAUAUAUUUGGUUUACUACCGAAAGCUGGUGCCUUAAGCUCUGCUAGCUAAUAUGUUUGUUUAUUCCGAAGGUUGGCUGCUGGGCACUACCAGAACUCCAUGAUGUUAUGAUUUGUUCUAUUAUUCCAUAGAUGUUCUUCCAUUUGGCUAUUGCAAAAAAUAUGUGUACAAGUUGUUCUGUUAUAUGUUUUUCUCACAUCCUUGUUCUCUUACAGGCUGUACAUGUUAUCUGAUAAGUAGAAUUUCAUGCUGGAGAUUCUGAAGGUUGCCGCGGCAGGAGCUAAAGAUGCCAGACAGUGAACUUCUGUCUUGGUUACCAAGCUGAUGCUUCAUCUUAGAUGUCAUGUAUGCUCAUCAGUUGAGUGUGAGAUGCUACGUUUGGGCAUUGACUUGGUUCAUGUUUGAAUAUUAUUUGUUGCCAUUUCCAUGUUUGGAGACUUGUUCAAUACGUGAAUGUACUUGCUUCAGUGGUUAGAACUGGAGCCUGUGUUUAUAUAUGGAUUUACGUGUCAGCUUGAGAAGGUUGUGCAUGUAUUUGACCAAUUUGUGUCAUGUGAACAGGUUGGGUGUUGACUUGGCUCAUCUCUUGUAUGGACAUUCUUCUGUGGAAUAGAUGUUAUAGUUUUGGUUGGAUCAAUUCUUGGCUCAUCUCUUGUAUAAACUCCUCCCUGUAAAUCUAAGCUGAGCAUACAGCUCGAUGCAUUGCCUUAUACUCCCUCCGUCCGGAAAUACUUGUCAUUGAAAUGGAUGUAUCUAGAUGUAUUUUAGUUUUAGAUACAUCCAUUUUCAUCUAUUUUGAUGACAAGUAUUUCCGGACGGAGGGAGUAGUUGAUUGUUAGGUUAUGGCAAGUCCACUUGUAUAAACAUUUCAUCAUUUUAUUCAGCUGUGAAUUAUUGUUGGUGUGUCUUAAAAAAACAUUUUCCCUAAAAAACAGUCGGUUCUUUAGUUGGGGCACAGUUGGUUUUCUGAUCGCAUGAUUUGUCUCCUGAUUCGUAAGCCUUGUUUAUAUAGUUGGGCCAGCUUGCCUUAUUGAUUUUUGUUUUCAGUAUGUUAUUCUUUGUGAGUCCGUUGGCUUUUUUUUUGCCUGCGUCCAGGGAGGAGGCCCUGGAGGCAUCUCUUAUCCAGAGAACAGAGACAGGGAGAACGAUGGAGUGGAGCGGUGCCAGGGCUCAAUCAUUUAGAAAGAUUAUUGGAUGUUUGUCUCCCAGAUUCAGUUCCCUCUACUGUCAUAUCUCCUUUUGCAAUUUGCUGCAUGCACUUUAUUCACAACAGAAAUAUUUUUUCUUAUCAAUUGAAAAGGAAUCGAUAGCUGGACAAGCGGUGGGUGCAUUUUACCGAAAUGGAACUAAAAGAUCUUAAUUAAGGUGAGUCGCUACUACUAUUUUUCUGCUAUAAUUAUGUAUGCUAGCUGCCCCGAGUAUUUGAAUGUUCUUGAUGCCAGCUCAUCUAAUUUUGUUUUUUCUAGCAUUUAACUUGCCUUUUGAUAUGUUUUCUUCUUCACUUCCUUGAACACAAACUAGAGUUUAGGAUCUUUGGAAGUGCUAGCUAGUGUUAUACUAACAUUUUAAACAUUCAUGUCAAAUAUUUUCAUCCGAUACUUCUGUCCUGAGCGCUUUGUGCCUGGCCUGAGUCUUGCCGUGAAGCUGCCUGGAUGUCGUUUGGUCAGGAGCCUGGAGAUGCCUGUACGAGCCUGGCUGGGAGGCGUUUCUUGUGUUUAGCCUGGUUUAGAAAAAUGUAUGCAUGCACUUAGGGUGUGUAUGGUAGCAGUUCCCACAAUAGCAUUGUUGUUCUCCUUCUAGACAUGCUGAGUACAUGCCUUUUUUGUUGUUCGGUAGCGGUGUAUGUGCUGAGACAUGCCGACUCUUUGACAGCCUGCAUGCUUUAGACAUGUUGAACAAUUUUGGAUUCCGAAUAAUUUUUUUGAAUUGUGAA